GCCCGGGGAGAGAGAAAAAUGGGAAACAGCAUGCGAUCUACCCCGGCGCCUCCCGAGAGGCCUCUGCCUAGCCCAGAGGGACUGGACAGCGACUUCCUGGCUGUGCUGAGUGACUACCCGUCUCCUGACAUCAGCCCCCCGAUAUUCCGCCGUGGGGAGAAACUGCGUGUGAUUUCUGAUGAAGGGGGCUGGUGGAAAGCCAUUUCCCUUAGCACUGGUCGAGAGAGCUACAUUCCUGGAAUAUGUGUGGCUAGAGUUUACCACGGCUGGCUGUUUGAAGGGCUGGGCAGAGACAAAGCUGAGGAGCUGCUACAGCUGCCGGACACGAAGAUCGGCUCCUUCAUGAUCAGGGAGAGUGAGACCAAGAGAGGUUUUUAUUCGCUCUCGGUUAGACACCGGCAGGUGAAGCAUUACCGCAUCUUCCGUCUGCCAAACAACUGGUAUUACAUUUCCCCAAGGCUCACCUUCCAGUGCCUGGAGGACCUGGUGAACCACUAUUCUGAGGUGGCCGACGGCCUCUGCUGUGUGCUGACCACGCCCUGCCUCACUCAGACCACGGCUGCCCCGGCAGUGAGGGCCCCCGAUGCACCUGUCACCUUGCGCCAGAAGACCUUCGACUGGAAGAGGGCGUCCAGACGGCAAGAUGACCCGGAGGGGGCUGAGAACCCACUCAGUGUGGAUGAGUCCCUUUUCAGCUACGGCCUUCGGGAAAGCAUCGCCUCCUACCUGUCCCUGACCGGGGAUGACAGCACCUCCUUCGAUCGAAAGAAGAAAAGCGUCUCUUUGAUGUACAGUGGAAGCAAAAGAAAGAGCUCUUUCUUCUCGUCAACUCCGUACUUUGAAGACUAG